AUGGAUGACAUGCGUCUGCAUCUUGAGGAGCAUAUGAAUGAUGAUCUGGCCAAGGCAUAUCUCAAGGCAAACCAUAAAGGGGAGCUUGCCAAUCUCAAGGAUAUCGAUAAGUGGAUUGAGAAGGUUCACUUGCUUGACAAAGAUAUUCACAAGGAAGCUUCAUGCGGGAAACACUUGUUCAAGGUGCUAUUGGCAGAGAACACAACACAGACUUCAGGCAAUGCAACGUCAGUGAAUAAGGUGGCCAGGAUGACUCAUGCGCAGACCAUGGCUUCAUCCAACCCUGACUUGUCCACUGCUACAUCUGACACCAAACUUUCAUCCAAUCCAAAGGGAUGCCCUCCAUGCCUGACUGAUGCAGAGAAGGAGCUGCUGAUAAAGCACCUUGGCUGUUUUGUAUGUCGUCAGUUUUACACUGACCACAUUGGCUCCAGUUGCAAAACUGGUAAUCCUGACCCUACCACCUACAAGACACUCACUGAGGCCAAUGCGCUUGCUGUGAAAGCCAUGUAUGAAGCACAGAAAAAGACCUUCAUAGCUGGUAUGCAUGCUCAUCAGGGAGAGUCUUCCGCUCUUUCUGAUGAUGAGAAUAUGAUUGGGGAUUCUUCAGAUGCCUCUGCUGGCAAUGAGUACAUUGAUCCCUCCAAAAUUUCCUCCCCUGCCUUAUCUUCUGCAGUACCUGUGCAGGUGCUUAUUGACCAUAGUUCUCCCACAGUUUUGAUUAGUGCCAAGUUCGCCAUCCGACUAGCUUUGAAACAACGCAAAUUGACAAGACUGAUUCCUUUCUCUUCAAUACUGGAUUCCUCCACCGCUCAGACCCUCAAUAAAUGUGUACGCUUCAGGAUUAGCAAGAACUCUUGGACUUCCCAUAGAAUAUUCGCCAUGAUUUGUCCUACUCUCCACUGCGACAUCAUCUUAGGCACACCCUUUCUGUACUGUAAUAAUGUAAUCAUUGACCAUGGAAGCCAUUCUGCAUUCGCUGCUGGGUCUGACAUCAACCUCUUGGAUUCAAGACACCCUUUGAAGACAUCAAUGGUCCCCUUCAUGUCCCCACAAGAAGCUCACUUAACAGCUGUGGAGGAACGUAAACAUGCAAAUAAGGAGGUCCUGGCCAUCAGAAAGGCUCUCCAAGUUACAUGUGCACCUUUGCUCCAUGAGCUGGAAUCGUUGUUUGUCUCCUCAGGCUUGCAUGAAAGGAUGCAUCCCUUUACAUCAGAAUGUGACCUACCUUGCAGGGUCGCUGCCCUGCACACGAGGAUCUCUUCCCUGGCAGAGGAAGAGAAGUUGAGCUCACUAGAUACCAAAGCUAAGACCAGAUUUGCGGAUAGAUUCCCAACCGAACUUCCCCAUGUAACUGAACUGCCUAUGACCGUCUACCACUGGAUCUUGAUGUGUCCCCAUACAAAGAUAUCUGUUUCUAGGCCAUACUCUUGUCCUUGGAAGUAUCAUGAGGCCUGGAAGACCCUUAUUGAUCAGCAUGAACAAGCAGGGAGAAUCCAACCCUCUUCUUCAGAAUAUGCUUUGCCAUCAUUCAUAAUUCUUAAGGCGGACCCCACUGUACUUCCACGUUGGGUUAAUGAUUUCUGCUUGAUAAAUGCUGCAAUGAUUCCGGACAAUUACCUGAUGUUCUUGAUUAGCGAUAUCCUCACUGACUGUGGCAAGGGUAGAUACUGGGGAAAAAUUGAUAUGAUGAACUCAUUCUUCUAG